AUGAGCAGUCGUAAAAUACUGAGGGAGAAGCUGCUGCGGGCCCGGGACAGACUGCAGCAGCACAUAAAGGCGCUUCUGGCAAUUGCUGACGGUGUGGACAAAGCACACAAAGAAGCUACAAAAACAAAAAUUGUCGGAGGGACAUUAGGUAUCGCGGGUGGGAUCACAACCUUCGUAGGGCUUGGCUUCCUCUGCCCGGCAUCGCUGCCUGUCUCCGCCAUAGGGUUUGGUGUCUCCUUGUUUGGCGGCCUGACCAGAGCAGCGGCCACCCGCAGUGACAGCGUGCAAAGCCAAGACAAGGAGAAGGAGUUCAACAAGCUUCUGGGCCAGUGCGAGGAUGAGAUAAAUCGAAUCAAGCAGUACAUGGAGCACAUCUCAGCCAGCAUGCGAAGGGCCAAAGAAGGUGACUGGCUGUUUGAAACGACACGGACUAUGGCAGCAGCAGGGCGUGUUAUUUUCAAUGGUACGAAGAUGGUCAAAGCUGGAGAUCUGCUGGGUAAAGCCGGCCACAUCACACAAUUAGCGGGAACUGCCACACGCACCAUGACAGGUGUCACACUGGGCCUGGAUGUCCUCUUUGUAGCCAAAGACUCCAUAGAGCUCCUGAAAGGUGCCAAAACAGACCUGGCAGCCAAGAUCCGAGAGGCCGUCACUAAACUGAAGGAAGUGAUUAAGCAAGUCAACAACAAGUUGCAGAAGAUGCUGACCGAACGAAGACAAUAG